GAGAGGAAAAUUCUUAAUGAAAUUAGUUUCGUUUCAACUUUGAAGCAGAGCGAACGUAAAAAUAGAAAUAUUUAUUUUAUAAAAUCGCAAGAAAUAUUUUUUAUAUAUUUUUCUGUAUAUUAAAAAAAAACAAAAAAAUGGCCGAGUGUUCUGGAAAUUUUUCAUCAAAUGAAAAAGAAGACUACACAGGACGUCCCAAAAAUUUGAAAAAAAUGAGCAAAUUAUUUGUAAAUAUGAAAUUAAAUGAUGGAACAAAAUUGAAGAAAAUGGAAUCCUCUGAACUAGUUGUGGAAUUUCCGAAAAUUUCACACGAGGAAUCAAAGGGCAAACAAUUUAACGUCGCUGGAAAAAUAAUUUCCUUUCUCGAGAAAAUCUCAGUAAUUCUGGUGAAACCGUUACACAGUGAAAUUGAACUGUUAAAUAUUGGAACAAAUUUAUAUUAUCGCACUGAGGACGCUUGGAUUGUCGUGGGACAUAUUGAUGAGAUAUUUGGCAAUAUCAAGGAUCCAAUGUACGCCGUGGGUUUGUUUUCAACCGAGAAUCAGGUAUUUCAAGUGGACAAUGAUGUUUAUUUUCUGGCCGAUGACAGCACCACAUCAUUGUUUCACCUUGAGUGCAAUAAUUCCAGUAAAUACAAUGUUGUCUAUCAUAAUUAAUUGGCAAAUUUAGUUAAAUAACAUUUGGAGAAAUAUUAAUAUUUCCCUCAAAUUUAUUGUUAUUAAUUGUCAAUUGUUAAUAUUUUUUUUGUUUCAAAUUAUAUUCUAGUUAUUUUUAUAC